GUGUGAGCGUGAGUUGCAGUGCGUUUCCCUGGGGUGCUCCGGGUGAGACCUUAUGCCUCUGCCUCUCUCAGGACCCACGGCCGGACCCCGGAUCUCGGUGCUGAACCUGGUGGGAAACCAGGUGGAGCUAAAGUGGAGCGAAAUUCCAGUGGCGGCUCGGCAGGGCUUCAUCACCCAGUACAACAUCUACCUGAACAGAGGCUCAGACAGGAGAAACCUGGAGCAGUAUAAGGUUGCGGACGCAGCCAAGAGAACGUUCCGUCUGAAGCUGAACUCCAGCACUGCCUACACCGUGUACAUGACGGCCUCCACCGCCGCGGGGGAGGGGACCACAGGAGAGGAGAACCAUUUCUCAACAGAUUCCCAGGGUAUUCGUCUACCCCUCCAAUUGAGCCUCGGAGUCACCAUUCCUUUCACAAUUUUGCUCACUCUGAUAUUUAUGAAAUCCAUCAGGCAAAGAAUUAAAAGCGUUUGCAAGUUCCUUUUACCUUGGUGGGUUCACCAGGCAUUUCCUAAUGUUGAGAACAGCAAAGUAGCGAAGGCUCUUCAGAACAGAAAUGACGUUCCAUUCGUGGACUCUUCUCUGCUCUCGCUGUACAAAGACCCCCCCCUGAUGGAAGUGGAGGAGCCCUUUCUCCCGGACGCAGAUGGAGUCUGGAUCUCAGGCUCCGAUCCCGAUUGGCGGCUGGAUUUAAAUCCCGGGCAGGAUGUGAAGCCAGGGGGCUCCUUCAACAACCAUGGGCUGGAUCCCUCGGAGGCCAGCAUUGUAUUCACGUUUCUGUCAGGCGAGGAGGUCACGAAUGGCUACAAGCCCCAGAUCUCCAACCGACACCAGACUCAGGAUCCACCGCCCGGCGACGACCAGGCCACGGAGCCGGGAGACGGGGGAGGGAGCCCUGAGGACCAGACGGGAUCCAGUGCCGGGUCUUUUGCCGGGAGUUUUGACCUGUCGCACAUCGAUAGCAUCCUCAUGACAGUCACUGGAGCAACGGCCCAUGGGGAGGGCGAGGGAGGGGGCGAGGGAGGGGGAGGGGCAGGAGAUGGGAUGAACGAAAAUCUUGUUAAACCGAAGUCCUGCUCUGUCCCAGUUCGUGUGGACAUUAAAGAUCGAGAAACCUAUAGCCGAUGGCCACUGCCCCUGAUGGAGACUCCUGGAUUUCGAUGGUUUCUCACACUGAACGUCCUCCUCCUGUGUAGGGAAGGAGUGGGAUCGUGCACGGGGGGAGAGAUGCGAGUCAGCCCCUCCACGGUGGUCCGGCUGGGUUCGGAGAUCAACGUGUCGUGUAUAUUGAAGGAGCCGUACGACAGGUGCUCGGGCCCCACCCCCCGUCUCAAAAUCAUCCUGGACAACAGCAAACUGCUGGUGAACGAGCAGGUGUCGGGGUCGGAGGUGACAGCCAGGCACCACAGGGUCAACUCCUCCGAGUCCAGCUUCGCUUGCAAACUAGAGUGCGCCAAGACCAACGAACAGCUGGUCUGCGGAGUGGACGUCAGAGCUGGAUGUGAGUUCAGAAAUAAGUCUCACUGUUUCAAGUUCUUGGGGAAACCGGCUGUGGAUGUUGGGGAGUGGACGAGGCCGGAAUUGCGGGGGCUUUGGGGGACAAGUGUGCCGGGGGGCAGCCUGAAUCCGGGCUCCAACUAUGAAACCUGGGUCACUGUCUCCAACCACCUGGCCAAUCUCUCCUCCGCCGUCCAGCAAUUCACUGAUAUCGUGAGGCCUCGGCCCCCGGUGAUCACUGGGGUGGAUUACAUGGCCUCUGGAGCAGCGAGGCUGAGCUGGGAGCCUGUCCCCGACUCCCACACCUUCCAGCUGCAAUACCAGCUUCGCCGCUCCUCCAAACCCUGGCUCAAGGAGGAGGUACAGAACGGGACCCACUGUAAGGUGUGGGGGCUGGAGCCCUUCUCCAAUUACACCUUCCAACUACGCUGCUGCUUCAGUCAGGGGCUGUGGAGCGACUGGAGCCGGGAUUACAUUUGCCGGACGCCAGAGGCAGUGCCAACAAAGCAGCUGGACAUCUGGUACAUGGUCAACCGCUCAGAACCUCACAGCCCACAAGUCACCGUCCUGUGGAAGCCCUUCAGUCCGGCUGAGAGCAGAGGCAAGAUCCUGGGUUACAACGUGACUCUGCGGGGGAACGCUGAGAUAGUGACCGGGCACACCACCAAUACCUGGUACCCGGGGGACACGGCGCGGGCAGCCUGGACCAUCACCGUGACGGGGUAUAACUCCCAGGGCAGCUCCCCACCCAGCUCGCUCAGCAUCCAGCCCUCCCCAGAUCUUCCUGCCCCGCGCAAAGUCUCUGCCACGUGGAUGGGAGGACACCGGAUGCGGGCGGAGUGGUUGGAGCCGGCGGGAUGGCAGAGCUCCAUGUCGGGCGGGUACGUGGUGGAGUGGGUGUUGGCGGGUUCCAACAGCGACGUCAACUGGAUGAAACUAAACAGUAGCAACCAUUCGGCGUUCAUAGAGAAUGUCCCAGCGAGGAGCUGCUUUCAGAUCUCAGUCUCCGCUGUGUAUGAGGCUAGAGUGAGCCAGCCCGUCUCCACCCUGACUUACUCAGCGUUACAGGAAGGAACGCCGCUGUCUGGCCCGUCCAUCUACGAGACCGUGCAAGGAAACGUGAUCCUGUGGCGAGAGAUUCCACCCGACCGCCAGUUAGGCUGCAUUGUGAGCUACACGGUUUACGUUGAGGAGAACCCUAACUCAAAGCCCGUCUCUCAUGGGCCCAUCGAGGUUUCCCAGAGAAGAUACGCUAUCCCGGAUCUCAAGCCCGGGACAUACUAUGUGUGGAUGACAGCAUCGACCCGAGUAGGAGAGGGACAGAAGGGAGCGAGGAUUCAGCUGUACAUCAGCCAAGACCGGUCUGUGCUGAGCUCAGACAUCAACCUCAUCCUGAAGGUGGUGAUCGGAGUGACGUUCACCUUCGCUGGGCUCACCGCUGUCAUCUGCAUGUGCCCUCUGUCCAGAGACAAAAUUCUGUCCGUUUUUACUAAGAUCACAUCUAAGCUGUACAUCAGAGAGAUCCCCGAUCCAGCAAACUGCUCCUGGGCAAAGCAGUACACCUCUAGCAGGGGCAAGAUGGAAUUCCCUCCAUUACAAAGCCAGACUGUCUAUGAGGAUCCUGAGACCGUGAACAUAGAGGAGACGCUGAGCAGCCCGGAGCUGCCUUUCCUCAGCAACCGAGCCCAGACGGAGAUGGACUGGAGCAGCCGAGCAUCUGGGAGAGAGACCCAGACCCUCCCUCACCCUCCAGUGCCAGACACGGACACCAGACAGGGAGACAACAUCCCGCUGUGGAGUGUCAAGGAGCAUGUGCCCGGCUACCAGAGCCAGCUCCCUCGCCUGUACAUCAGAACAGAACUCCCUGAGGAGCGGGACUCAGCCUCCAGCUCCCCCACAGAGCACAUCGUGGGUUACAUCCCCACCAACUUCACUCAGGUCCCCGAUGACAUCUCCGAGCCGGGCUCCAGCGAUCUGGACUGCUUCCCGUUCGUGUCUCUGCACUCGCUCUCCCCGACCCCAUUCUCCUGGGGAGGGAAGCUCACCCUGGAUGUGGUGAAGAUCGAUUGUGGGACGCCCGUGGAAUGAUUUCGUUUUCAAACCAAUUCCAGAGAGAGGGAGGGAAGAGAGAGAGGAAAAAAAUCUGUAUAAUAUUUGUAAAAUAUAUGUUUGGAGCUGGUCUCUA